AUGUACCUUCACUCAGGGUUCUUACCUGAAAACAAAGCAGAGGCCAGGAAGAUACAACACAAAGCAGAACAUUAUCAAAUGUCUGAUGGCAUCUUAUACAGAAGAACUUACCUAGGACCCCUACUUCGCUGUGUAGACCUUGAAGAUGCUAAUUACUUGAUUCGUGAAGUACAUGAAGGGAUUUGUGGCAUCCACGCGGGUCCUAGGAUGGUAGUUGCAAAGGUGAUGAAUGCGGGGUAUUAUUGGCCAGGGAUGCAUUUAGAUGCAGUAAAGGUGUUAAGAAAAUGUAACGGAUGUCAGAGGCACGCGCCUAAAACUCUACGACCAAAGAACGAACUAGUCCCUAUUACGACGGCAUGGUUGUUUCAACAAUGGGGAAUCGACAUGGUUGGUCCUUUUCCCGAAGCCCCAGGCGCAGUAAAAUUCAUUAUAGUCGUUGUGAUUUUACUAAAUGGGUGGAGGCGAAAGCUUUGGCAUCAACAACAGCAACAGUGGUUCGAAGGUUUAUCUGGGAACAGAUAA